AUGCUAAUGAGUGGGCAGGUAUCUCUCCAUGCCUAUCGGUCAUCUUUACCCGGGCGAGCAGAUGUAGGCGAUACGGGUCUUGAAUCAGCUAAAUUGCCUACCAAAAAUGACAAUCCCCAUGUAGUGUCCAAACCCAAGAAGAAGAAAAGAUCCUGGAAGAAACCAACACAAUCACGUAAUCACCCAACACUUAAUCCCAGCUUCACAACGAGCUCACAAACACCCAUAUCAACAGCUGAUUCAUCGCUCCCAAAGCUAAGGAUGGAUCAGAUCAUCGAAUCACCUCGACUCUCGCAUCCAGGCAACACCGCUUCUUCCGUGAGGAAGUGGGACCAUUCUCUGUUCACAAACGAGAACUCCACUCCGAGACUCGCUUAUAGACCUUUCAAAGAGGUACUACCCAAGAAUCUACCGCCAAGACCAAGACUGCCGGCAUGGUUUCCCGUGCAGCAUCUUUCUGCUAAGAGAGAGAAGGAGAUUAGCGAAGAGAAAGAUCGUAUGGCAAGGGAGUUGAGGCAGAAAGAGAGAAAGUAUCAAGAAAUAUCUCAAGAGAAGACCAACCUUUUGACUAGAUUAGAGAAUCACCAGAAGGAAUAUGAUAAUUUCGACAAAAAGUAUAAAGAACAAGCCAAACUCAACCAAGUGCUAAAAGCAGAAGUGAAAGGAUUGAAGAAAGGGAAUGCAACUUUAACCAAGAAGGUGACAGAUUUGGAGAAACGCAAUAAGAAUAAUAAUGCUCAUAAAAAGAACAAGGGAGAAUUGAACAGACAGAUCGAAGAUCUGAAGAGUCAGAAUGUUGAUUUACAAAGUGAGAAACAACUUUUAGCUCGAACAGUCAUAGAGGUGUCGGAAUCUUGCGAAGAAUUGGAAGAAAUAAAACGAAGACUUGAGGAACGUGUUGUAAAGAAAGACCACAAGUCAGAGGAGUUAGAUAAGUUCGUUAGAAGAAUCAGAUUUGCUAGAUCGAAAUAUCAUGACGAAAUUGAGCUGAAGAAUGGUGCGAAUUCAGAUUCGAGUAAAGCUCAAUUCGAAGAAUUGAGGAGAGCUUCUUGUAACAUAUGGAAAACUCCCAAUUUAGUAUCAACUAGAGAAAGGAAACGACAGGAUAGAUUGCUUAAGAUGGAAAUGAGCAGAUCGAAAAUACCGCAGAAAUUAGAUUGGUUAGAUUACUGGAUCAGGUUGAUUGACUUUGCUUUAAAGGAACUUGAAGACUGUUCUGUAGAUCAAUUGGCAUCGGAGAGUUCUCAGGAUGAUCAUCCUGUCAUUGACUAA